UGCCAUUCCUACCCCAUGAAGCCUUGUGUCUCCCAAGAACACCAAAUCCUAUAUUAUUGCUUUCUCAUCAUACAUACAUACACAUAUCCCUAUCCCAAUCCUUAUUACUAUUACCCGUUUCCACAGCAAUUAGUAGUUAGUGUAUGAGUGAUCGAGUAUGGUGAAGGAGAAAAGCAAGAAUAAUGGGAGUAAGCAAAGGAAAGGGCUGUGGUCACCGGAGGAAGAUGAGAAGCUGAUAAGGUACAUGAUAACAAAGGGAGAAGGGUGUUGGAGUGACAUUGCAAGAAAUGCCGGCCUAGAGCGCUGCGGCAAGAGCUGCCGCCUUCGUUGGAUAAACUACCUCCGACCCGACCUUAAACGCGGCGCCUUUUCUCUCCAAGAGGAAGACCUCAUCAUCCACUUGCACUCCAUUCUUGGCAACAGAUGGUCACAAAUCGCGGCACGUCUACCUGGACGCACAGACAACGAAAUCAAGAACUUCUGGAACUCCACGGUGAAGAAAAGGUUAAAACUGAACAACAACUCAACUUCAUCACCAAACAACACUGACUCAUCAGAGCCUAAUAGCAUCAGGGACAACAACGUUGUCAUGGGGACAACAACUUCUAGUAAUAACAACGGUAUCAUGCACAUCAAUGACCAUCAUCAUCAUCAUCAUCAGGAUCUCAUGACCAUGUCCAUGUGCAUGGACAACUCAUCCUCAUCAACAUCAUCGUCUACCAUGCAUACUCAUCACCAUGCCAUGGUCUUUGGGGAUCCCUUUUCCAUGGUAACCAACAACAACAAUAAUCAUUAUGAGAUGGCGACCGGUGUAGCCGGUUUUCAUGGCGCGAUGGCCGGUGAUCUGCCAUUAGGAAAUAGUUUUCAUGGCGGCGAUUAUGGGGGGAUGUUGGAUGAAGAGAGUACUGAUAAAAUGGGGUUAGAAAGCGACUUGUCCCUUCCUCCAUUAGAAAGUAGUAUUAGAAGCACUGAAGAGAUUAUUAUUAUUAAUAGCAACAAUAAUGCCUCCUCAAUUGAUGACAUGAAAAGCCACAACAACCACUUCAAUAAUAAUAAUAAUACUAAUAAUGAUAGUUGCUUCAAUAACACCGAUAAUCAGGUUCUGAAUAACAACAACUGCUCCAAUGAAGAGGAUUUGUUUGGGUUUGGAAAUCAUGGCCAAGUGGAAAACUUAAGAAUGGGAGAAUGGGACUUUGAGGGUUUGAUGCAAGACAUUUCCUAUUUUCCUUCCCUUGAUUUCCAAGUUUGAAUCUCCACUUUUUGAAAUUCAUACCAUUUCUCUUUAUCUUUAUCUUUCCUAUUAAAUAAACAAUUCACUUACCAUAAGACAUUCAAUUCUUCAAAGUAAAUAAGAAACUUUGGCUACCCAAA